AUGAUGGUGGAGAGUGGAAAUAGAUUCUUUUUUACAACCCUCAGGGACUGUUUCGUAUUUUUUGAUUGGCUGUAUACUGAUCCAAAGGGGAAGGAUAUGCAAGGAGAUGUGGCGAAGACACUUCAUGAGCUUCUUAGAGACUAUUACGACGGUAGUGAACUUACGGAAGGCAAAAUUCUAUCCAAUUUGACAAACUUCCUUUCCAAAGUAGACGCCUUUUAUAAAAAAUUGGUAUCUCAACACGUUCCUCAAGAAGCACUCGGAACAGCCGCCUCAAUCAAAAAGGGUGCCACACCGGAAGAAAUUGUCUACGCUCUCCUGGAGUGUCUCCCCAAGUUCCUCGCCGCGAUUUACUAUCUUUGGUAUUGCGUGUCUCACAAGUUCGAGUCACUUGGAGGCGGGGGGUGGAAGGAUAAUUACCCUGGGUGGGAAGAGGAUAGGAGUUGGUUGGGCACGAAAGGUUGGGGUGGUGACCUGCAGGAUUACCUUAGAGCGCCGAAACGCGACGCCGAUCGCUACGGUGGCCUCAUACCGGGCGGCUUCAAUAGAUAUGAGGUGAGAGAUGGUUGGUCUAGCGGUUACAACCGUGGUUAUUCUAUGGUAACUGAUCUUAAAAGCAUUUUCGGAAAACUAGAUGACCAAUUUUUCCGUGACGUGUUCGCCACUUCGGUGUUAUCCUCCGCCGGAUCCGAGCGUGUGAACACGGCAAACGCUCUUGCAUUGGUAAACGAGUUUUGCGAUAUUGUGGCUGAGGACCAAACUCCUGAUGGCGGACAUUUGAAAAAAGUAUUGGAAGAGGAAAUUAAAGAAAAAGGAAGCUGUUCAAUAAAUUGGUCUCUUUUAAAAGAUCAUUGCGCUAGACUGAAGGAUUCACUUGGCAAAAUUUUCAAUGAGAAAGCCUUUUCCUUUACCGGUUAUGGACGAAAACACGGAGAGCUUAACAAGGAAAAGUUUGCAGCAAAGACCGCGGAUUGGUUGAGAGAGAAUCUGGAUGAGGUGCGGAAGAAUUUGGAGAAGAUUCAGCAGUUUGAAAGUGAAUAUGAAGGCCAUACAAAGCAACUCGCCAGUCUUCCAAAACAUCACGACAUGCUCCAGGCAUAUUACGCCGAGCUCGGUCCACAUUUCACAAAAAAUCUUUUCCCCUACGGUUUUACUUUCUACGGGGGAAAAGACUAUUUUAAGACGAAUGCUCCUUAUGAGCUUGUGAGAGCGGAUUGGGAUUAUGUAAUACAUGAUCUUACGAGAGACAGUGGCAAUCUAGUCGAGUUAAAGAAGAUUCUGGAUGGCCGGCGCCUGCGCCCAGGCCUCCGAGGCCUGCCAGACCUGCGCCACCACCCCGGCCUUCCGGGACUCCUGGCAGGACAUACGGUCCAAGCAGUUAUGGAGGGUGGUCGUCUGUUGGGAGUCCUGUUUCUGGUGCUAGACGAGGAAAUACAGGAGGGGGAGGGUCUAACCAUAGAAGAGGGGGAUCGGGGGCUCACAGUAGAGGAGGGGGGCAAAACAGUGGAAAGGCACGGGGGACCACAAGAAAUGGAAGACACCACUCAGGGCCUCGAGGUGCUUCAGGAGCCAGGGGCGCACAGAGAAGCAGUGUUCCAGGGCAUACGGGAUCUACUAAGCCUCAACCCUUACAAUCGCAAAAUGAUUCUCGGCCUCAUUCUCAACAUCCUCUACCUGCUUCCCCCAGUGCCCAUAGAGCACCUAGUCCACCGGCUGAACAACUUCCGACUCCAGCACGCCUUACGUCUCAAGCCCCUGCGCCUGCUCACUCAAGCGCGUCCAGCUCCAGCUCUUCGUCAUCUAGUGUCACUGACGCCGGUGGUCAGGAACUGGGUGGACAGCCGGCCGCUUCUGGAGAUAACCGACGGGGACACCACCCCAGUCACUAGGUCUGAUCCGCCUUCUACUCCAGGUGGCGGUGGAGCCAAUGGAGCGAUAGGGGUGCCAAGCACCGGUGGGAGUUUAGGUGCGGAUUCAAAGGACAGUGUUUCCACCUCCUCAAAAUCUGUUGCCUCUCCACGCAUUGAUCUUCCCCAGGCUCAAAGUAUUCAUCGUCAAAACUCUCUGUCGCAUGGUGCUGCUGGUGAUGGUGAUUCAGGCCGCACGGGGUCUUCUUUGCCAGAGGCCAAUUCAAACCAUGAUGGUGCCCCGGGGAAAGUUGGUACGCAAGUGGGCCCCGUUCCUGGUCCAGACAGCAAGGCGUCUUCGGGAAUACAUCCGGUUGUCUCUUCAAGUGCAAGGCACACUCAGACUUCAAAUGUUCAAGCCCGAGACUCUUUGUCACCUGUUGUCCCUCCACCCGGUGGUGCUCAGGAUCUGAAAAACCAGACGCCUUCUUCUAACCCUGCUCAACAGCAUCCUCAAGGCUCGCAACAGAAGUUAACUUCGGGUGCGACUACAACAUCCGCUGUAAGUAGUGCUGGUACAGGUUGCGAUGAUGCCAGUGGAGGGGGUGGGGGCUCGGCAGGGGGUACAGAAGGCGAUCCCCUGGUAGACAAUCAUUCUAGCCAAUCACCUAAAGCCCCUCAACUUUCUCUGCAACAUCAUACUCCAGGUCAUUCAGACCCAGAACCUCCAUCAUCUGGUAUCCCUGGUCCACCGGGUGGUUUGAGCGUUACUCUCCAAUCGCCUCCUCUGGUAAAUCCUCAGGGUGACACGGGUGAUUCAGGCGGUCAUAGCCCGGCAGCCAUUCCACGAGCUCUCGGCCCAGAUCUUCUCAGUGAUUCUGAUGAUGCAGUUACAAGAGCUCAACAACAUGUUGCAACUCGGCACAGUGGAUCUCCAGGUCAGUCAGGCCCGGCACUGCCUGUUCCUCCACCCCUACCUUCUGCCCCUCCCCCAAACACCGCUACAGACCCUUCAACUCCGCAGAGCACUCCGCAUGGACUCAAGGGUGACCAAGGUGUUCAGGAUCAAGGAGCUAUGCAGACUCCGGAUCCUAGCUUGAAAGGAGAUACAGGCUCUACAGGGCCUCUGAAUCAACACGCAUCCUCCAGCUCCCUUGACGCACAUGACCCCCCUGGUAAGUCAGGAAGCGGGGAUCCGGAUCCAACGUCAGUUAAACUUCAGAGCCCACAGCAUGAUGCUGUUCACGGCGCUGUGCUUACUCAGCCCUCAAGUGUUUCAGGUCCACAGUCUUCGUCAAUUGCUGCCUCUCCUCCAGGUGGUGGUAAGGGCCCGGAUGACCAGGCGUCUCUUUCGGAUCCUGCUCUGACACAUGCUAAAAAUUCCAUGGCUAUCCCAGGAACCCACCCUCUUGCAUCCCCAGGUCUGCCACCCGGUCAAAAGAUCGGUGGAGAUGCAGGGAGUGGGAGUCCAGGGGCGACAAUCGGUGACCCUAAUUUGCAAAAUAGACAGACGGUUGAUAACAAUUUGAGUUCUUCUGGCACAUCGAUGAAUUCAGGCAGCGACACGUCGCAUCAAAUACCACCUCAGACCUCAAUGUCGGAUCCGACCCAAAUUGAAUUCUAUAUAGAAAAGGCUUAUAAUCCGGAAAUAAUUGACGACACUGACAGCAUUCAAGAGGUGCCACUGCCUGCGGUUGGACAUAAGAGGAUUGUGUCACCGUCCAAUACAUAUUCCAAUAUACCCCCGCACGCCCCGUUUCCUGAAACAUUCUAUCCAAAAUUGACCACACUCGAAUUCGAGGACAAGUGCGUUCCUCCCUGGAUCACUAAGACAGAUAACGACAACCUGCAAGAAUUCCCCGACACCGAGCUGUUCCCCUACGAGGCGCCGCGUACAAUCAGGGAUAUGCUUAUUUGGCUGGUCGGACUGCAGAACCCAAAGCAUUCUGAUGUUAUGGAAAAGUGCAUUAAUGAUGCUUUCAAGGACGGGAUCCAUGACUCGUCAGAUUUUCGACUCUCACUCAACGAUUCUAGUAUCACCGCCGAUAAUGUCCUUCACACCAUUCAACUUGCCGCUGUGUUUGCAGCGUCAGUGCUCUCCGCCAUAGAACCUGCCUGGAAGGGUAACAUCGCAUUAUCGGCAACAUUAAAACCGAAGGAUCCCGAACAACCUAAGGACCCUGAUUAUUGCGCCCUACUCUGCCAUCUGCGGGACUAUGUCUACGCCUGCCACCACCAGCUGGCGUUCCUAAAGUCACAGUGUUCUCGGGAGCAGUCUAAAGGUGGCUGGCAUAAUCAUGAAUAUGGCCAUGGUGUGUCUCCCCAAAAGUCCCCCCCUCCAAGCCUUCCUGACCGACGCCCAUGA